GACACUGACAGUUUUAUGUUGGGAUUUGGAACAGGGAGGUUGGAACAGUUUGGUGUUCAGUGGACGAUUGAAUGGACUUUUUAGUAUAUUACGCUCAUAGUACUUACACAGAACAAUCAUGAGAGCUCUUUAACACAAUAAAAACAAACCAAAAUAUAGUUGCUUGUGAAUUCUAAACGCGGCGUUCUUCUAUUUAUUUGAAUAAGUUCAGUCAUAUAUUUGGUUGCGUGUGUUUGUGCUGCAUAAAGAACAUAUAUUAAUUAAACAUGGUAGAAGCAAGUAAACUGUGGUUCGAGAAAGCAUGUAGUGCUUCGCCCUGUAACGAUCUCAUACAUCCAUGGACGCCCAGGUGUACUGAUGCGACCGCAUCUAUGUUGCUUAGCUGCAUCAAGGGAAGCUACAAGUUCUACGCUAUGGUAUAUAUUUUGCAAAUCCUGAUGCGGGGCAAAAAAUUGGGCAAGAAAGAGAUGAUGGAACAGUUCAAACUGUAUCUGAAGUCUGGCAUAUUCGGGCUGACUGUUGGCAGUUCAUUCGUCACGCUGAAUUGCAUUUUCAGGGCUUUGUUCUUCAACCAGUUCUCGUAUUACACAACGGUGCUGUUGCCGUGCACCGUCAGCGGGCUGGCGGUCUACUUCGAACCACCACACCGAAGAGUGAUGGUCGUGAACCUGUUUGUUAAUUUGGUCUUCGAAUACUGGUUGAGGACAUUAGAAAUGAAAGGAUGGCUUCGGCGGACGGCGGGCAAGGAGACUCUAAUAUUUAUGCUGAGCAGCGCUGUCCUUUUCUACCUCAUGAGGUUGGAGAGAGAGAACAAUAAGAGGACGCCGUUGUUCUGGUUCUUCACUCCGCCGCGCGUGUCUAAAGAGCAAGGCGAGCCUGUGAAGGGCAUCAUGGGGCGCAGCCCCGCCUGUCCACACAAAGGACCUUGCAUCAACUAUGUAUUAAAAGGCACAGCGCAAUUGUUCGGCGUGGGUUGUGCCAUGACUAUGUUGAGGACCAUCAUCCCCAAGAUCCUGACGCCGGCGAAAGCGUUCAAGUCGUUGAGACUGUCGCAUCUCAAGCUGGGCGUGUUCUUCGGCGGAUACAUCGGUAUUUAUAGACUGGUGGUGUGUUUGCUGUGCCGCGCGCGCGGGCGCGACUCGGCGCUGCACGCGCUGCCGGCCGGGCUGCUGGCCGGCGCCGCGCUGCGCGCCGCGCCCUCCACGCCCAUCGCGCUCGCGCCCUUCACCUCCUCGCUGCAGAUCUUAGGUUCGUGGUGCUACCAGCGCGGCAUGAUCCCGGAGCAGCUGCCGCUGGUGGAGCUGCUGUACUGCGUGUGCCAGGGGCUGCUGUUCCACGCCAGGGUCAUGCACGAGGACGUCUGCCCGCGGUACAUCAUCAACCUCAUGCACACCGUCACCAGUACCAAAGCGGACCAGAUCCAAGCGGCGUUCGUAAAGAAGAUGCUCAAAUAUUUGAACUAACCCAUACACCAGGGGUCGGGUCGUAAAGUGACAUAAGUUAUUUUGUAAUUAUUUUAAUUAGGUGCAAUUCUGUGAUUAUUACGUUAUCCAUGUAUUUUAUGGUACAGGGUUUGUGUUUGAGGCCGUUAUUUUUUUAAUAUGAUAAAGUUAACAAAUCCGACUUAGCUACUUUUAUUUAAGCCGACGAUAUUUAACUGGUUUGGCUUACCCAAUUUUUCCGAAAUGGGGCAAUUUAAAUGUUUGACAUAUCGUUAUAAUUAUUGCAAGUAAUUAUGUAAAAAUGACACUUCUAGAACCUCAUUAAUUUUGUUGGCUAUUAUAUUUUUCGUCGGGUAUAGGCUAUAUUAUGAAUUGUGUGUUCAAAUUAUGAUUUUUGGGUGCUUUUGGUAGACAUAUAAAUAGUAUAGAUAAGUUACAAGUAACUUCAAAAGAUUGUACGUUGAAACGUAGCUCGCGAUAGAGACUAUCGACCGUAAAAGACUAUUGUGGCCUAUGGGCUAUAUGGCCGGUCUAUUGUGGCCUGUGUAACUACUGGACAUAAGAUUUAACAUCUCCUGUCUCAGGAAGGCGACAGCGGAAUACCAAGCAAUACUUUGUAAUUCAAGGUGUUGGAUGUGUUGGAGUUUCUACUGUUUAUGGGCGGUCGUAUCGCUUACCAUCAGGCGAACGGCAAGCUCGUCUCGUCAUUCAGAUCAAUAAAAAAAUGUACUAUACAGACAGAGAUAAGUCUAUGGCACGUUUUCUAAAACGUUACUUUGCAAAGGACAGCGCAAUGCUGUGAUAAUAUAUGCGUUUCUAAGUGCUUUUGGGAUUAUAGCCUUUGUAGUAAGCAAAGGUGUAGUAUCGGCUAAUAUUGAGGUAUAAUUAGGUAUAACUUUGGUUUACUUGGCUGUUGGAGAAACAAAACUGAAAAAGGUCAAAGAAAAAUAUGAAAAUGUCGAUUGAGUUGGGACGCGCUGUGCCUCCAGUAUUGUUUAUCAUUACGGAUUGAAAUAGCGAAGGAUUUUAAAUGUAAAUUAUUGUUUGGAAAAGUAAAUUGACCUUUUUUUUCAUGAAAUAUAUUCCCUGUUUACGAUUUUACAAGUAAUAGUGUUGUCUCUAUCGCGAAAUAUCGAUAGCUGAUGUUAGAUAGUUAAAUUAAAAUUCCAUUUAACUAAAUAUUUUUAGACGUUAACCUAACCGAUAAAGGUUGCUGGUCAGUGGUUUAACUAAUCACUUUGUGAGAUAAUUCGACAGACAGAUAUAAAAAUCAUUGAUGAAAAUCGUUUAUUCGUAAAGUUUUCAAACCCCAGUGACCAUAAGGCGUUUCUAAUAAUCUUUGUAUACGCUUGUCAUAGUUGCACAAUAUUUUUGAUUUCUAUGAUGCAAAAUAUAACUUAUCAUUAGGAUUACCAUAUAAACUUUAUGAAAUUUUUUAUUUGGCACUAGCAUUAUAAAUAUAGGGCCAAGCUAAAAAUGUUAGACAUUAUUUUUGUUAAAACUCAAAAUUAACUACAUUAAUACACAUACUUUUGUGACAGCACUAUAUGUAGGCUGUUGGUUAUGUAUGGUUGGUGGGGGAUAGAGCAAAUUAUACUAGCAAUUGUACAUAAAUAUUGUAUUGGCAUCACUAAAUUCCUAACAUAAAAAUGGAAAAUCCCGAAAAAUACGGAACAUCUGGUCACCCUACACAAUAUAGUAUAAAAUAAUGUACAAAGAUUAUUAGUACGUCACAUAUAUUGGCUAAUUAGCAGUUACCUAUUUACAAUAGCAAAGUAUAGACAAUUUAAUAUGUAAGGUAAUAUUUGCUUUUUAUAUCAGUUGACUAGUUGUAUUGUGUUGCUUUAGUGGUAAAUAGUGUUGGCUGUAUUAGUGAUGUUAUGACAUAAAGUACAAAUAUCCGUAUACUCGACGUAUAUAAAAAUGUAUACCUUAUUCCUUGGCGGAUAAAGGCCAUAUUUAUGAUGUUUAUUAUAGAUUUUCAUGUAGAUAUAAUUGUUGCGUUUACAUAUUUUAUUAUGAAUUAUUUAAGUAUCAGUAUUUUUUGCCAUACAGUAAAUUUCGUACAAAAUAAUAUAUUAGAUUUAAAUAGGUUUUUUUGUGGAGAUGUCUGCAUUAACUUAACCGUUAUCGAUAAAUAUUCAUAACAUCACUAAUACAUACCACUUUAAUUGGUGUAGUCUGAGUCACAAGUAGUUUGUAAUAAAUUAUAUUUCAAAUAGGAAUGAUUUACAUAUGUAUUCGAAUUAAUAUCAUACGAUGCAAAAUUCUUGUACUUUAGUAGAACAAUUAUCAAGUGACGUAUUUAUCGAUAUUUAUUGCAAGUCGUAAAUUGUAAUAAUUUGACUACCUAUUUUACAAUUAGGUACAAAUAUAACGAAGGGAGAAGAUUAAAUUGGUAAUUAAAAAAUGAUUUCUUAUGUUUACGCGAAUUUUAGAUAUUGAAAUAAAACUAUUUUGUAGAUUUUAGCACAGUUUUCAUGUUGUAAUGCAGUCCGCCCCGUAACCACGAAAGCUGCAGUUUUCGAAACGUCGGGAGGAUAAUAUUAAAACUGCGAUAAAUCCGUACAAUAGUUUUAUUUCAUUGUUUACUGAAUUCGUACAAUAAUACGCUUUAAGCACCGUUGCCUAAGUAUUUUAGGUCAAAAUGUAUUUAACUGUUUAUUUAAAAGUGAUUUAAGUUAGUAACUCAUACUGACGACAAUCUAAACGUGUUCUCGACAUUCAGCUUUAUAUCGUUAAAGCCCUCAUCCCAGCAAAAUGGCGCGCUAUCCGUAUUUUUAGAAGCUAUUCGAAAUUUUAAAUAUAGACAAAAAUUAAACAUCAUAUUUCUACAAUAUUUAAUCUUUAGUUUGGUUGUUUAAAUUUGAAUAUAGUAUGGAUAUAGUUCCGUUCAUUUCAUAAUGAAAAACAAGAUAUAAGAGGCCUUUGAAUGUCGAAGGGCUGGAUGUCAAAAAAAUAAAAGAAACGCAAUAAUGUAUUUGUGACGUCAAAGGAAAUUACGAUGCGCGCGACGGAAAGAGAUGAAAUGAUUACUCCAUUACGCGUCCAUUUUCAUACAUGGCAAUAUUUGAAAUAUGAAUUGCUGUCUCAUUUCUUAUCCAACGUAUUGCUGGUUUUAUAAGAUACUGUUUUUUUUAUUAUUUGCCAUUACGUAGGCAUAAUAGUUAAGAUGAACAUAAUGAAAUACUCUAGUGCUCAAGGCCGUUUGCUUGGGCAGAGGCUUUAACUAGAAUGUUCCUGAUCAGUUAGUAAGACAGUAAUUCAAGUAUUGUGUCAUUUUUUGAGUAAUGUUGCGAUUGGGUUGGUACAAAGAACAAUUUUGUGAUUUUAUAUUUGAAAUGCACUUUGUAAACAUAAAUAAAAAUAACCUGUAGUAUUGUGAUACUACUGUAAAUUGCAACGUGUCUUCAUAAAUAGAUAGAUUUUGACAAAUAUUUCUUCUUUGGAGGUUUUAAUGCUUAGCUUUGUUAGUGAUAUUGUACGAAAAUGGCAUUUUUAUAGCUAUUAAGUAGUUAUAUCGCACACAAAUUAGUAGAACACCAAAUAAACGAUAAUGCUCCAUAUUAUUGUUAUAUUUUUAUAAUAAAUUAUUUUAUAUUA